CUCUCCUUCCUUCCCUUCACCCCUUCCAGCUCUGGCUCUCUUAUUCCACCCAGGCAGGGGACAUGCUACCACACUGUCUUAUCUUCUAACCCUCUGGGCCCAUAACUGCCUCUUUUCAUCUUUGGAGCCUGAUGAGCACAGGAUAAGAGAUUCAGAGCUAGACAGAAAAAAGCAUCACAGGCAGGAUUUGAACUUGGAUCUUCCCGGUUCUGGGUCCAGCUCUGUCUCCGUGAUGACAUGCUUCCUCUCCCUAGAGUUCCUUUCAGUUACAAUACUAUGAUCUGGGUUCAAAUCCUAUCCCUGAUCUUAGGCAGAUGUGUGAUCUUUGGUAAGUCAUUUAACUUCUUUCUAGACUUCAGAUUCUCCAUUUGUAAAAAGAGGAGGGUAAAAUAGGUGGCUUGGAUUCAGGUCCCAGCUCUGACAACUGACUGAAUGACUGUGGGCAAGUCACUUCUGAGCCCGAGUGUAAUCAUCUGUGAAAUGGGAAUAAACUUGUCAUCUCUCCUCAAGCCCCUCCCUCCCUACCCUCACCCUCUGUCAGCCUUAAAGUGGCCAAGAAAUAGGAGUUAAUUCUUGUUCUCUCCCACAUCCUCUCUCUCACCUUCAGCCCCUAUUCCCCCUUUCUGUUCCAAUUCAUCUUCAUCGCCUGGCAGAGGCAGGGACCCGAGAGGAGAUCCACUGGGCAGAGUUACCGGCCCGGCCCACGGCCUCCGUCCACCCGCCCCCGACAUGGUGAUCCAGUGCCGAGUGCUCUUCAUCUUCCUGGGCCUGCAGGUGGUGAUGAUGGUCUUGUAUCACCAAGGUUACCAUCACCGGGUCAGCCGGGUCCUGAAAAUCCUGAGCAGCAGCAUCCUCAGCACCACGCCCGCCAACCUGAUAACGAAAGAUGUCUACAGCGGCCUGGAGCACAUCCAAGCCCUGAACCUCACCGAGGACGACUUGCCCAGCUGCCCCAAGAGCUCGCCUUUUCUCAGUGGCCCCCUGAAAGUGAGCUUCCCGCUUCAUCUAACGAUGGAUGAGAUUGCUCAGAAGAACCCAUGGGUCCAGAUGGGAGGCCACUAUCAGCCCCCCAACUGCUGGGCUCUUCACCACACAGCCGUCAUCAUCCCCUAUCGGGCUAGAAGGAAGCACCUGUACCAGCUACUCUACCAUCUGCACCCUUUCUUGCAGCGACAGCAGAUCCACUACACCAUCUAUGUGGUGCACCAGAGAGACAAUAAUACCUUUAACCGAGGGAAACUAUUGAAUGUGGGCUUCAAGGAGGCCAUGAAGGAGAAUAACUGGCAGUGUAUUUACUUCCAUGAUGUGGAUCUGAUUCCCGAGGAUGACCGCAAUGUUUAUGGCUGCAGUGUCCUUCCCAUGCACUCUGCAGUAGCCAUUGACAAGUUCCAGUAUAAGCUUCCCUACCAGACUUACUUUGGCGGGGUGACAGCGCUGCGACCCACCCACUAUCUGAAGAUCAACGGCUUCCCCAACAACUACUGGGGCUGGGGGGGCGAGGAUGAUGACAUUGCCUCCAGAAUCUUCCUGAAUAAGAUGUUCAUCACCCGGCCUCCUGCAGCUUUUGGCCGCUACCGGAUGCUGAAGCACGGCCAUGACAAAGGAAAUGAAGUCAACCCCAAAAGGUUUCACCUCCUCUCCAGCACCCAUGUAAGAUGGCGUCACAAUGGGAUAAAUACUCUUAACUACAAAUUACUGUCUAAGGAGCAGACCCAACUCUACACCAACUUCACGGUGAAUUUGGGCUCCAGUGACCAGUAACUGCGCUUCCCAUGGGGCCUCUGGCCCCCCUCCUCUGCCCAGGACUCUGGCUCUCCUGCAUCUUUUCCCAGUGCACCUCAUCUCCCCCAUUCAUCGGGUACCAAAGCCAGGAGCUCAAGAUGAAGACGUGGGAAGCAGAAGGGGAAGAAAUGUGGAGAGAGACCAUGGGAAUUAGCUUCCCACCGCCCCCCAAUUUCUUAUUAAAGUAUAGUUUGUUUUAUA